ACGUCCAUUUGACAGAUGAUAAGUAAGUGCUGUGAUUGGAAGCCACUCCUUCGCAGAUUUCUUUUUAUUUUUACUUUAAAACACAAUAAUGUGGUGCUAGUUAUACAGUGUUGUGCUACAGGGACUUUUUACUGUGAUGGCUAAAUAGUUUGUAUCCGUGAACGCACUGCAAGGAGGAGAAUUCACGAUGUCUUCGCGGUCGGGACGCGGGGUGUUCGGGAAGCUGUUUGCCAAGAAACAGAGCAAGGAGCGCGACGAGCGCGCGGCCGAGAUCGGCAUGCCCACCAACGUGAAGCAGCACAUCCACGUGAGCAAGAACUCGGAGACGGGCAUGCUGGAGGGGCUUCCCAACUCGUGGCUGCGGCUGCUCAACACGCAGAUCACUCCCGCAGAACAGAAUGAGAACCCCGACGCCGCCUACAAGGCCGUCGCGCUGCACAUGCACUUACUCAAGAAGGAGAAGGCGCCCGACGAGCCCUUCAAACCACUCAUCACGGAAGAGGUCAUAACAGAGGAGGACAAAGAAAUUAACGACCUCAUUUACAAGAAAAACGCACACCAAAGUCAAGACUCAGACUUGUCUUACGGACAGAGCAGCGAGGAGGAUGCUGUGCCUCCAACAAUAGACAUUUCCUAUCCACAAAGGCAGACUAUGCCCGUUUCACCCUCAAAGAAUAGUAUUAAGAAAAAAGACCCGACGGUGAACAUCACCGCUACAGUUGAAGACUUAUCUCUCCUUGAUGAAGACGAGCCGGAAGAGAGCCCAAUACUCAGGAAGAAGGAGAUAGCAAAUGCAACACUAACAGAUGAGGAAAUAUAUGCUGAAUUGAAAAGGAUUUGCAAUAAAGACGACCCGUAUGUGAGAUUUGAGCGGGUCAAAGAAGUUGGAUCUGGGGCAUCAGGAGUGGUGUUCAUCGCGAUCGACAGCUACGACAACUCAAAAGUGGCGAUCAAAGACAUUGACCUCACGAAGCAGUCGCGCAAAGACCUCAUUCUCAACGAGAUCAAUGUGCUCAAAGACUUCAACCACAAGAACCUGGUGAAUUUCCUUGACGCCUUCCUCAGCUACGACCACUUAUGGGUGGCCAUGGAGCUGUUAGACGGCGGAUCCCUAACAGACGUAGUCACUGAGGUGGUAAUGAAGGAGGGACAGAUUGCGGCCAUUUGCAGAGAAACCCUCCAAGCCAUAUCCUUCCUGCACUCCAAAGGAACCAUCCACAGGGAUAUAAAAUCAGACAAUGUGCUUCUCGGUAUGGACGGCCGAGUGAAAGUGACAGACUUCGGCUUCUGCGCCAACAUCGUGGGCGAUGAAAAGAGACAGACGAUGGUCGGCACCCCCUACUGGAUGGCGCCUGAGGUCGUGACCAGGAAGCAGUACGGGAAGAAAGUAGAUGUUUGGUCGUUGGGUAUCAUGGCUAUAGAGAUGAUCCAAGGGGAGCCACCGUAUAUGAAAGAGACUCCGUUAAGAGCACUGUAUUUGAUAGCGGCGGUCGGGAGGCCCCAGAUCCCGAGCUGGGAGCGCCUGUCUCCACACUUCCAGGAUUUCCUGGACAAGUGCCUUCAAGUGGACGUGGACCUGCGAGCGUCAGCCGAUGAACUACUCGCACAUCCCUUCCUCAACUGUGCCAUGGAACUGAGGACCUUAACACCGCUGAUUAAGGCCGCCCAGAAACUACUCCACAAAAGCUUUGACUGAAUCGAAAGUUGUAUCUUCCAUUCCUUUUUUGUAUUCAAUUGUUUUCCGCUUUCGUAUCGAUUUACAAUGUUUUGGUGUUUUUUGAGAAUGUAUUUUAGUCAUCGAUGUCGUAGCCCAAUAGUUGCUAAGAGAGAGACAAAACACAGCAAAUUGAGAGGGCGUAAAAUGCACGCUGAUUCGCCAGCUCAUGUCAAGGUCGGGUCAGGACUCACGACUUUAUAAACGUAGGUGUUCUCGCUGAUAGCUUGGCUGUUCUGUGUCUUUCCUCGUACGUGGGAAAAUAAUACACAAUUAAACACACACUAGUGAAACUUAAUGUGGUCUAGACCCAUGUUUACACAAAUGGCACUUUAGCUGCACUUGUAUGUAAUUUUUGGGCUAUAACUUCGAUGAUUUUGGUGCCAAUAUUUUUGCAAUAAGCUGUAUAAAUAAGGGUUGAUGACAAUAUUAUGUUGAUAGUUGGUAAUCAACAAGAACGAACUAAGUGUAAGUUUAUCUUAUAGUGUUCUAUCACAAAAAAUAUAUACUUAUAAAUUAAUACGCAAAGCACGUAAUUUCUUAUCUGACAGCCUCAAGUAGAUAAUGCUAUCUAUUUUACUACUGAUAUUGAAAUAAUUUUACAUCACACAAUUUAAAUGUUUAAAGAACCAAAAACUCCAAUAGAUAUUUUUUUAUAAAAGUCUCAGUAUUGAUGAUUGGUACUUAAUUUAAAUUCUGUCCAAAUUGUAUUUUGAUGAAAGAAGUAUUUUUGUUAUUCUUUGAAAUUGAGGCAUUUUAACCAAAAAGUGUACAUAAAGUAUGUAUUAGCUAGUCCGGUGGAAUUAUUUUAGAUAUUUUUGUUAUAAUGAUUAUUAUUUUACAUAAAUUAUGAUUUAAUUAAUUUCCAAAUUGUGAUUUUUGUACACGUAAACUUUUACAUUCAUUUCUUUCGCUCCUUAUUUCUCAUUUCACUGAUAUAUUCUUACAUUCCUCUUGACUUGCACAGGACCAAAUGUUAAUACGUUUGUGUUAUUUGACUGUAUAACUUUGACUCUAGAAGUAUUCUUGCAUUUAUUUUGUAAUCGGCAAGACCAUUUUACUGCUAUAAUAAAUGUAUUUAAGUUUACCAGUAUCACAUCUCACUUUUCACUUUGUAAACAAAAUUGUAGUAACUAUUUAGCUUCGAUUAUUUAAUGAAAGUACAGAAUCUAGUUUGGCCAUGUAGACCACUUUAUCUUUGCACUGACUGUACCAUGUGAAUAACAGAACUGUAUUUUAAUCGUUAGUGCAACUUUCAUCUUCUCUCAACAUUACCAAAUUCUCAGCUAAGUACAAAGUGUUUGUUUUGAGUUUAGUAUUAUUAUAUUUUGCAGUAUAAAUGUAUUUUAGGAGCCAUAUUGUAAACAAGUAAUAGAUUUAUGGAGAUUCUCCACCGUGAGUGCCUGGCUUGGUAAAAUAAAUAUAUAUUAUACAGGGUGGGCUUUAUCUGUGAACAAAGCAAAUACAGUGGUGGAUGGACCAAUCAAUAUUUUGCUAAACAUAUACAUAUUAAACAUAGUCGACUUUUCAUGAAAGCUACAAUUUGUAUAAGAGUAGCAAAUGUUGUUUUUACGAGCAUGUAUCAUAUAUUGUUUAGUAACUUGCAAAUCCCACCCUGUACAUUUGUUAGUUUAGGCGUAAGGUGCAUUUCAGCCAACGAAUGUAUAAUGUAAGUGUAACAUGCUAGCACUAGUAUGUAAGAUUGUAUACACCAAUGACACUUUUGGAAAAUUUUAUUAAUAGAUUUGCCUAUUAAAUUAUUUUUGUAAAAUUUUA